CUCCAGCCAAAAAAGUACAGCCUAAAAAACAAAGAAGGGGUUACCAGGCACCCCAAAUUUCCCGGUUUCUAGAAUUGAUUGCAUGAGACGACGAUCCCAGUACAUUAGCCCUCAAACCUACGAACCUCACCUAUUUUUUAAAGCAUGCCCUUUUCAUGGUUGACCAUUUUUUCUAUGAUUCUUACCAUCCCAAUUUACAUCCCUCGGAAGUUGAAGAUCCCAUUCUUUAUUCCAAUUAUUCCUUGAAUCAAUCAGAGAGACAGCUAUUAAACUAUGAGUGCUACAUUGGAGAAAUCCACUUCAAAUGGCUCUGAGAAGUCUGAAACAACUGAAGAGCAACAGGCAAAGAUUAGUGAGAUAAGAAAGUUGGUAGGACCAUUGCCUGAGAAGUUGGCCAUUUAUUGUUCUGAUGCAGCCAUUUCUAGAUACUUAAGGGCACGAAACUGGAAUGUCAAGAAGGCAACUAAAAUGCUAAAAGAGACCUUAAAAUGGAGAGCAGAAUAUAAACCAGAAGAGAUCCGCUGGGAAGAGAUUGCUCAUGAAGGCGAGACAGGGAAGAUCUACAGAGCAAAUUAUGCAGACAAGCAUGGAAGAACAGUUCUUGUCAUGAGACCUAGCUGCCAGAACACAAAAUCAACUAAAGGCCAGAUUAGGUAUUUGGUUUAUUGCAUGGAAAAUGCAAUCUUAAAUCUUCCACCAGACAAGGAACAGAUGGUCUGGUUGAUUGAUUUCAAUGGCUACAACUUGGGACAUACAUCAAUGAAGGUGACACGGGAAACAGCUCAUGUUUUACAAGACCAUUAUCCAGAGCGCCUAGGCGUGGCAAUACUAUACAACCCACCCAAGUUCUUUGAACCAUUCUGGAAGGUGGUCAAACCAUUUCUAGAACCGAAGACUCAGAAGAAAGUCAAAUUUGUUUACUCUGAUGAUCCCAGUAGCAAGAAAAUAAUGGAAGACCUUUUUGAUAUGGAGAAACUGGAAUCUGCAUUUGGUGGAAAUGAUGAUUCAGGUUUUAACAUCAGUAAUUAUGCUGAGAGAAUGCGGGAAGAUGACAAGAGGAUGCCUGCGUUUUGGACAAGGGGAAAUCCUCAAUCAGCAGCUCGGCUGCAACCGAUGCCAACCCUUUCUAUUGUUUUGAAUUCCAUCAAUUUGAACUCAGAUUCUAAUGGUUCUGACAAUGGAAAAGUAGACAGCUCCCCUAGUCAUGUUUCCGACUCUGAAACCCUCUCUCCCAAUGGAUGUCUCUUGGUUAACGUGGGAAGUGAUAAUGACACCAGGGAAAUUCACUAGAGAUAGAAGAGAUUUGAAGCCCGACCCUGCCUCGGGUUAGGUAAUAAGGUAUA